GGAGCUUUCGUAGCUUCCGUUGCAGGCAGGUUGGGUCAACGUUGGUCGGGCAGGCAAUCAGGGAGGAGUAAAGGAAGUCUGCUAUCAACUAGGUGUGACACACAGUCACGCAUCGCGUUCGUAUGAAGAGAUGACAUAACGUCGCAAGCUAAGCACGGUCAACUUGCGGCUCCAUCAUGCUGAAGUUCAACGACCAAGUGCGAGAGUUCGUUAAAGAUGUCAACGCGUUCCUAACUGUAGAUUUGCAGAAUGAGAAGCUGUCGCCAGCCGCGUCAUCGGCAAGAACGGAACUUCAGCUAAAACUGCAGCGGUUAUGUCAGGAGUAUCCACGUCUCCUGCUGUCCCUCGACAUUACAAGCGCCGAGCAAAUGCAGGGCUGGAAACUUCCUCGGCCUCUUUCAAGCCCGCAUCCUUACAUCGACAUGCAGAUUGGAGGCGCGCUGGCGCCGCGGGAGGUGUCAGUAGAGAAUCAGACAACCGCUGACGAUUCAAACGAUUAUGUUUACUCUGAGGCUGUGCUACUGGAAAGCACCCCUGGGGAGGUGACUGAACCAAUAGCUGCAAAACCACCAAAAGCAGCUUUGUCAAGGGCUUCAUCGGAGCUUGAAGAACAGACUGAGGAUGGCCCCCUUAUUGACAUACCAGCAAGUGAGAUGUCCAAGGCUGACAAGACAGGCUUCCUCGAGAAAAAAGGAAAAGAGAGGCUGGGAGGCUUGCUUAGUCCAUUCCAGAAGCGCUGGUGUGCUGUCCGGGAUGGCGUCCUCUUCCUGUACGAGAAGCCAACUGACAAGCGUCAGAAGGGGCAGAUAGCACUGACAAUGUACGAGGCACGACCAUUUGUCUAUGCCUCCAAAGAUGCUUCCAAGAAGGAUGCUGCCUUUGAAAUUGUCUGUCCUGGCAAGAAAACCUAUCAGUUCAUUGCUUUCAACACAAAAGACAUGAAGCAGUGGAUUUCGGCCAUUGAAAAGAACAGUCAAGUUUCUGCAUCCACAUCAUCUGGAGAUUUGCACCACGAAAAUGCUGCAGAUGUGCGCCAGCCACCUACGCAGUCAUCUGCAAGCAAGUUGCCUUUACCAAGUCCUCGUCAGGAGCUGACACGUGUCCCAUCAGCGCCAAUCACGUCUGAGGCAGACAGAGAACUUGAGUAUGAAUACGUUGAAGGCCAGACAACCAUGACUGCUGUAGAAGAUGAAGAGGAGCCGCUUUAUGAAGACGGAGAAAGCUACUUUUCUGACGACACAAAGACAAGUAGCCAGACAGACGAGGAAGUGACAAGUGAUUAUGAAAGCUGGUACCAGGCCAUCUGGGACUGCCACGCAGGACAACCUGAUGAACUUUCCUUCAAACGUGGUGACUUGCUUAAAGUUGUGAGCAAAGAGUACGACGAGCACUCCUGGUGGGUUGCCAAGGCACGGGGCAACAAGGGAACAGUGGGCUUUGUGCCAAAGACAUAUCUGAUGGCAGCCUAUGAGAAGGUGCAGUGAUAUUCUGGUGGAUGCAUCUUGCAUCAUUGGGCUGAAAAGUCACAUUUGGUGUGCUACUCACUGAAAUGGAUGUGGAGAAGUGCAAUGUUUAAGACUUUCCCGUACUCUUUGCAUUCAUGGAGUACUGCAUAGCAGUUGUCAUAAAAAUGAAAGAGUGUGUCUACCUUGUCAACAUCACAAAUUUAACAGGCCAAAAGGCAGUUUUUUAAGCUUGUUUUAUUGCACUGGGCCCAUAUCGUCCAACUUUGAAGCAUAAAAUUUAUGUUUCUUGUGGAGAAAUAAAAAGUUUAUCCUCCACUA